UGCAGACCAACCUUUGAUCUGCAUAAAAAGUGAGGCAGAGGGACAUUCUCCCGGUUCCUCAGUAGAGUCCGAGUUAACAAGCUGCACAGGCUCCGCUCCGUCCACUCUGAGGACAAAAUGAAGAAAGAUUAUUCCACAGAGCAGAGCAGAAAUCGACGGACAUCUUUUGAAACAGAUGAUGGUGUCCGAUGGAGAACUGGAUCUGAAUUUGCCAGCCCAGAUGACACCGAUGUUCCUAGCAGCAGGGUGUCCCACCCCUCCCUGUUUGGGAAAUACCAGCCCAGCCUGCAGACUCUCAAGCCCUUCCGCUGGUCUUCCCCACAAUCCCACCCUGUGGACAAUGCAGGCUUCUUGUCGUUUGCCACCUUUGUCUGGAUAACUCCCAUGAUGUGGGCCAUAUUCAGGAACAGGCUGGACUUGUCCUCUCUUAGCCUCUCCCCAUUUGACGUAGCUGACACCAGCGGAGAGAGGUUGCAGAGACUCUGGGAGGAGGAGGUGGUGAAGAAAGGCCUGGAGAAGGCGUCCCUGGUCAAAGCUGUCCUCCGCUUCCAGAGAACCAGACUCAUUCUGUCCAUCAUCAUCGGCACCUUCGCCAUGGGAGCAGCUUUCGUUGGUCCAGGCAUCCUGGUUAACGAAAUCCUGACCUACAUAGAAAGCCCAGAGAAGUCCACGGUGGCCCACGGCGUCGGCCUGGCCGUGGCUCUAUUCUGCACCGAGUUCCUCAAAGCUUUCUUCAUCUCCCUGAUGUGGGCGGUCAACCUGCGGACGGCUGCCAGACUGAAAGGAGCCUUCUCCUCUAUAGCAUUUCAGAAAGUCAUCUCUCUGAGGGUGCACAGCGGCAUUUCAAUGGGAGAGAUGAUAAACGUCCUGACCAGCGACGGCCACCGGUUGUUCGAGGCGGUGCUGUUUGGGAGCUUUGCGAUCUGCACCCCGGUGAUCUUCAUCGCAUGCAUUGUGUUAGCCUGCUUUGUUCUGGGUUACACUGCACUGACGGGGGUCUGCAUCUACAUCAUCUUCGUCCCCUUACAGUUUUUCCUGGCAAAGCUCAUUAACAAGUUCAGAUGGAAAGCCAUGCAGCUCACAGACGGCCGCGUCCGCACCAUGAACGAGAUUCUGAACAGCAUCAAGCUCAUCAAGAUGUACGCCUGGGAGGAGUCCUUUGAGAAGAAGAUAGCAGGGUUAAGAAAAAAGGAAAAGAAGCAGGUUCGGUUGGUCAGCUACAUCCAGAACAUCAACACCAGCAUCUCCAGCAUCAUCCCGACCGUCGCCACCGUUCUCACCUUCCUGGUGCACACUCUGCUGGGUUUGUCGCUCACCACGUCCGACGCCUUCACUACCAUCGCCAUAUUCAACGCCAUGAGGUUCUCUCUGGCUCUGCUGCCGCUGUGUGUGAAGGCUCUUGCUGAAGCGGCUGUGUCCCUCAAGAGAUUAAGGAAAAUCCUGCUGGUCCAGAAUCCCGAGCCCUACCUGGAGCAGAGGAAAGACAACAACACCGCUGUAGAGAUGAGAAAUGCAACUCUGUCCUGGACCAAAACUGCCAGCGGGCCGGACCUCCCCAAUGACCAGAACGGCCAGGUGAAGAACUACAAACAGGACGAGACGGGUCUGAGUGAGACCUUACCGACGCUGAAGAACAUCUCCUUCACUCUGCCCAAGGGCAACCUGCUGGGCGUGUGCGGCAACGUGGGGAGCGGAAAGACGUCGCUCAUUUCCAGCAUUCUAGAACAGAUGCACCUUCUUCGGGGCUCCAUCACAGCUGACGGGACGUUCGCCUACGUUUCCCAGCAGGCCUGGAUUUUCCACGGAACAGUUCAAGAAAAUAUUCUGAUGGGGAAAGCUUUCAACCAGGCCAAAUACGACCGAGUUUUGGAUGUGUGCAGCCUCAGAGCUGACCUUAAGAUACUUCCAUAUGGAGAUUGGACUGAGAUUGGAGAACGGGGGCUUAACCUGUCAGGAGGACAGAAGCAGAGGAUCAGCCUGGCCAGGGCUGUCUACUCCAACAAAGACAUCUUCCUGCUGGACGAUCCGCUGUCUGCUGUCGAUGCCCAUGUGGGGAAACACAUCUUUGAAGAAUGCAUAAAGAAAGAGCUUCAAGGAAAAUCCAUCAUACUCGUCACACAUCAACUCCAGUAUCUGGAGUUCUGUGAUGACAUCUUGGUGCUGGAAGAGGGCGAAGUGAGGGAGGCCGGGAAUCACCAAGCACUGAUGAAGGCCAAUGGACGCUACGCUCAACUCAUCAGCAACUACCAGAUGGAGCAGUCGGAAACACAGAAGGAGGAGGAGGAGGAUGAAGAGGAGGUGUCCCACAAAGAGGCUGCUGAGGUCAGACAGCGCGCUGACAGUGGGAUAGUGAACCCUGCUUUUGACAUGUCAGAUGAAACUGAUGAUGGGGCGCCAGCGGACCAGAAGCCCGCUGUGACGGGUGAAGAUCAGCUGGUGAGUCAGGAAUCCUCCACAGAGGGAUCUGUGUCCUGGAGAGUCUACCACCAGUACUGCCAGGCACUUGCUAUAUAUUUAUCUAACUUUAUUGCACCGAACAUGAAAUAUAUUAAACCUAUUUCUAAUCAUUGCUCCUCUAAUAUCUUUAUAUUUUCUUUUGUUUAGUCCAAUUCAACUUCUAACUCUGGAAAUAUGACUUCUAAACCCGGUGAUGUCUCCCAAAAUCCCCGCCUGCACUUCUACCAAAUGAUUUAUGGAGUGAUGAUCCUCGUCACGUUGGUCCUUGCUGUUAUCAAGUGCUUUUUUUACACUGAUGUCACACUGAGAGCUGCCUGCAAACUCCAUGACAGUAUGUUCCGAAAGAUUCUUGCCAGCCCGAUGAGUUUCUUCGACACGACGCCUACCGGACGAAUUCUCAACCGCUUUGCUAAAGAUCAGGAGGAGUUGGACUCUGUGCUUCCUCUCCACAUGGACCCCUUCCUGCAGUUCUGUCUCCUCGUCACAUUCACCAUCGUCAUCAUCGCCUCUGUUUUCCCCGCCAUGCUGGCAGCUGUGGUUGUCAUGGGUGUUUUGUUCACCCUUAUCCUCUUUGUAUUUCAGAGAGGCAUUCGUCAGAUGAAGAAGAUGGAGAACAUCAGCCGCUCUCCGUGCAUCUCUCUCACUACCUCCACCCUACAGGGCCUCAGCACCAUCCAUGCCUACAACAUCAGGGACAACCACAUAAAACUGUUCAAAUCUCUGAACGACAUCAACUCCAACCAUUACUUACUGUUCCACUCUGGCACACGCUGGCUCUCUUUCUGGUUGGACUUCAUGGCUGCCUCCAUGACGCUGCUGGUGGCUCUGUUUGUGGUGCUGAGCAGCAAUGACGUCAUUAGUCAGUCUCUAAAAGGCCUCACCAUGUCUUACACCAUACAGCUGACAGGCAUGCUCCAGUAUGUAGUGAGGCAGUCAACUGAAGUGGAGGCCAGAUUCAAUUCGGUGGAACGGCUGCUGGAAUACAUCACGACCUGUAAGUCUGAGGCCCCCAGACACAUAAAGGGGGCUAAGAUUCCUGACGGCUGGCCCAAAAACGGAGCGAUUACCUUCCACGAGUACAAAAUGAGGUAUAGAGAGAACACGCCUAUCGUCCUGAAUGGGCUCGAUUUUGCCAUCCAGGCUGGAGAGAAGCUGGGCAUCGUGGGAAGGACGGGCUCUGGGAAAUCCUCCUUAGGCGUGGCUCUGUUCAGACUGGUGGAGCCGGCGGGAGGGAGCAUUCUUAUAGACGAUGUGGACAUCGCAGCCAUCGGCCUGCGGGAUCUGCGCAGCAAACUCUCCAUCAUCCCCCAGGACCCGGUGCUGUUCACUGGCACAGUCAGGUACAACCUAGAUCCUUUUAAUCAAUAUACUGAUGAGGAGAUCUGGGCGGUGCUACAGAAAACCUACAUGAAGGACUCGAUCUCCAAGCUGGAUGGGACGUUGCAGGCUGAAGUGUUGGAGAAUGGAGAAAACUUCUCUGUUGGUGAGAGGCAGCUGAUGUGUAUGGCCAGAGCACUUCUUCGCAACUCCAAGAUCAUUCUGCUGGACGAGGCCACGGCCUCCAUCGAUUCAGAGACGGACGCUCUGAUCCAAAACACCAUCAAAGAGGCCUUCCACGACUGCACCAUGCUCACCAUCGCACAUCGCAUCAACACUGUAGUGUACGCAGACCGCAUUCUGGUCAUGGACGACGGAAAGGCAGCAGAACUGGACUCCCCAGAAGUGCUGAAGCAAAGACCAGACUCCUUGUUCUCCUCACUCCUUACUGCUGCUAACACUGUGAACACAUAAAACCUCCAGAGCCACAUCAUCGAGCGCAGCUGUAACUCAUAGCAACAGCUCUUCAUCACUCAGCCUUAUGUCAGUCUUUACUGUAAAACUAUAAAGUAGGAAGGUAAGCUUAAAUCAAGUGUGGCAGAGACGGAGGGAUCAGAUGUGGGAAAUAUUAAACUUUUAUGUUUGUUUUCUUGGCUGUGUAAAUAAAGGUGUAUUUAUAUCACAAGUGUUCCAGGAAAAACAAUGUUAAUGUUCUUUCAUUGGUUUUUGAUCAGCGUUUGUGUGCAUGUUUUAUUUAUUGCUCCCUGUCACUUUUGCAAAUGUAAAUGUUGAGAAAAGUGCAGAAUAACAAGUGGAAACCUAUAUAUUUUUAAAUUAAUACUGCUUUUGACAACACAAAAGGCUCCCAUGUAUCGUAAAAACCGACAUCUGUUUUCUGAUGAAAUGUACAACAGUGCUACUUGAACAAAGUAGCAAUAAACGCUGCAAAUGUGUA